AUGGCAACAAUCACACCUAGAACCAUUAGAUUAAAAAGAAAGAAUGAACUUAGAGAAAUUGCGGAAAGUUUAGGUCUAGAACCCACAGGUUUACGUGAAACGUUGAAUACGCCAGAAACGGCUUACGGCACUUCAAGUAACACUCCAACGUUACGCUCAAGUCGUAAACCCAGUGCCGGUAACAUUCCUAAGCACACUUCUGAUGCUGAAAAUGAGGGAGAAAAAGCGUCUGAUGAGGAAUCGGAAACUUCAGAUGUGGAAGAAGUACCUGCCGCUCCCAUCUAUCGGAACCUACCAAGUUCGGGUGAAUCUGAUAUAGUUGAAACAAAUGUAGAACGUGUAGUGGCGAUUACAACUACUCAAUUUACCCGAUUCCAACGAAUUAAUGAAUUUAUUAUUCGAUUUAGAAGAGAUUUUUCCAAUGCUCGAACGUAUGUACAAUGCAUUAUAUUCCUCGAACUUUGUGUGUUUCUAUCUCGCGCUAUUGAAUGGAAUCUAAAGAUCGCUACCGUACCAUUACCAACUUUUAGUUCUAAAGGAACGAGAAAUACCUUUGAUUUCGAUCUCUGUGGACCUGAUAUUUUCGUUAUUAUGGAAUGGCACCAUUUCUGGCUCGCUCAAUUUGCAAUUUUUUAUGCUACAACUGGUCAUUUUGAUUGGGCUGAAGAUAUUAGAGAUUUUAUUACUGAUGGUGUGGUUUACGCUGGUGCUGAGGCGUGUGUUCAUAAAAGAGAUGAAGAUUGGGGAUUGAUAUAUUCUAUAUGUGAUGAAGUUAACGCUUACGAGAAUGGAGCCAAAGAAGCAGCCAAAUUUAUUAGGAAAAAGAUAGGCAAAUUUCAAAUGCCUAAUUUACAGUAUAGAGUUUUGACCAUAUUUAAAUCUUUGGCUGAGAAUUGUGGAGCCAAAUUUCAUGCUGAAAUUGCAUCAAAAAAAUUCUUGGAUGAAAUAGAAUUUGUAGUAACAUCACCUUUAACUGAGAUAUUUAUUAAACAAAAAAUAAUUGAAAUACUUAAAGAUUUAAAUACGAUGUUUCUAAAUGAACCAAGUUUAUGGUUAAUUAGUAAUCUUUAUAAUAAACUUACGGUUGGUGAUAAUCCUCCAGUACAAAGAUUAACAAAUAAUAGAACAUCUAAUGACCAACAGAAAGUUUUUAUAAAUAAUCCAAAUAAUCCGGAAAGCCAAAUUAUAUUGGAAUCUUCCGAUAAUCCUACUCCAAUAAAUACAAUUGUAGAAGAUAUCGAAUUAUCCAAAAAUAUUAUUCAAUUGUUUACACAAACAAUUUCAUUCACCGAUCCUGAAAGUGAGGAUAUUACGAAAAAUGAAUUGAUUCAGGAAUUUUAUUCAAAAUGUAAAGCUUUAAAUCAAAAUAUUGUUAAUUACAUUUCUGAAACUCAAGAUGAACAAUGGUUAAAUACACUUCUUUCAGUAAAUCAAGAAUUUGUGAGUUCAUUUAAAUUAUAUGAGGAUAUGGUAGAACGAGGACAGGUUAAGAUUGCUAAACAAAAUUCAAAGAAUACUAUUAUUAGAAAUAAUUAUAAUUCAGUAGAUUCAGAAAGUUUUGCUGCUGGAGUUGGUGGCAGUGGAACAUCGCCAUCUUCUUCACUAGAUCCAUUUUCAGAUUUAAAUGAAGUAAGGGAUCAAUAUAAAAGUGCAAAAUCUCGGGGGUAA